AUGACUCCAGCCUCGACAGCUCCUCACGCUACGCAUACGAUCAAGGUAGGCCCAAAAGAAAACCCGCACCAAUACUUGCCGCACAACAUCACCGCCGCUGUUAACGAUGUAAUCGUCUUCGAGUUCUACCCGCGCAACCAUUCGGUCGUCAAGGCCGACUUUAUGGCACCUUGUGUGCCUGCUGCGGGGGAGAUCUUCUAUUCGGGCCAGUUCAAUACCUUCAACGAGAAUAGCGACGGGCAGCUGGAAGGAGAGCCUCCUACAUGGUCCCUAGUUGUGAAUGAUAUUAAACCCACUUUCUUCUACUGCACGGCGGUCGACUCCUGUCUCGUCAAUGGAAUGGUCGGAGUAAUCAACCCGAACGAAACCAUGACCUGGGAAGCACAAUUCGCCCAAGCAAGACGAUACCCGUACAUGCUCGUCCCGGGACAAUCGCCUCCCGCCGAAGGAACGGGCUACUCGUCCUCCACUACCGAAACCCACCAGAAGAGCGCUUUCAGCGGUGGCGCCAUAGUCGGUACUGUGAUCGGCGGAUUUGCCUUUAUUGCCAUCCUCGUCGUCCUUGUGAUCACGCUGUGUCGGAAAAGGUAUAAGCAGGGGCCAUCCUCGCAGGUCGGGCGGAUGGAGCGGACGGCCCACUGGGCUCUGUUUGGUGGUCAAGGCGAGGGAAAGAGAGAGCAGGGAUGCACUGCAUCGUCUUCAGUUGGAGGCCAUGGUACAUUGUCGUGGAGCUCGGGCGCUUCGCCGCCGGCUGUCUCGCCUCCUCUGCAGAAUGUUGGGUAUUGGAACUGGGAAACAGCAAUGAAGCAGUCACCGCCACAGGAAGAAGUCCGUCAGCCGAGCGAGCUGGAGGCGACGAGUGCUGUCGGUGGAAAACCAGGAGGCAUGUACUACGGAUGGACGUGA